GACAACACUGGCAGUAACUAGCUAAUAUUUAAAUAUUAAGUUGUUAAUGUUGCAACGAUUGGGCAACGCUGUUUUUAUUUAUUGUGAACGUGCACUGAUAAACGCCGAUCAGCCGAUCACAACUUUGUGAACGAAUUUUGUUAUUUUUGCAGUUUGUAAUUGAAAUAUAUAUAAUAUAACUAAAUCCAUGGUGCCAACACCUGUAAUCACCUGCGGCAUGGUACACAAGCUGGAGUGCGCACAGGAGCGCAAAGUAACUCUGCCCACGCUUAUCAACGAAGAAGCUGCUGGUGAUAAGGCCGUUGAGCCGAAAUAUGCCUGCAACUCGCCCAGCCUGAUGAUGAUCUUUGAGGGCGGCGAUCUCAACUGUGCCAUGCAUCAUUUGGUGUGCUCCUUGCAGAACCCCUUCGAAAUGAAUAGUGUGGCCACGCUGCUCAUACAGGAGAGCGUGCGUGAGAGUUUUGUCAACUGUGUGCGUGAGCAAAUACAACCGCUGGAUGCACAGCUGGCCAAUCAUCCUCGCUUCGUGCGCACACAAGCCAAAUUGGAGGAGCUCAAGGCCGAGACCAUUGGUGGCGAUCCCAAAACUGUGCCGACCAAUGCCACGCCUCUGCUUGUGUGUGAUCUAACACAUAGUUUCCUUGGCAAUGGACCCACUGGUGUUAUUACUAUGCAUACUUUCCGUACGCCCAAGGAGGCCACACAGGUCAACAAGAAGGAGACGCUCAAGUACAGCUCCGUGAGCAUUUGGAAUGAGAAACUUGCUAGCGCUUAUGAGAUCUGUGAACUCUUCGAUUGCUCCGUUUUCAUGCUCAAUUGCUUCAACGUGGAUCUGAAUCCUAUAUUGCCGGCAUUCGAGGCUAAUCAGAAUGAUGUAAAGAUUUUCAAGGGCUAUCACUACGAGACUUUAAUGACCAAUCAUAAGCGCAAGAUUAUUGUUUUCCCCGUGGGCACCAUCUUUGCCAACUAAAUCUGAUUGCAUUUAAUGUGAAUUUAAAAAAGUCUAAGGCAUUCCUCUGCAAGAUGUGGAUGUGAACGAGACUCAGGUGCUUUAAUAGUUUAUUUCAACAGUAAGCCAAAAACUAUGUACUCAUUGAUAAUAUAUAUACUCGUUAUAUUUGUGUGCUUACAACGAAUUCGAUUCUUGCGUGUUUACUAAUUGUUUAACGGUAUAUACCACCCUCUCUAGUGUGUGUGUGUGUGUGUGUUUUUUCUAUUGUUAAGUUCAUUGCUCCCAUUCCCUGGUCGAAUAAGAAAAAUUGUGUCAAGUAUUUGCUUCCUGUUAACAAUAACUUCAUAAUUAAUAGCACGAGUACUUGC